CAUGCCCAACUCCUCAGGUCUCUAGUUAUUCCCAAGUGGUCUUCAGAUGUGCGUCUGGAAGGGAAGACAGCUAUAAUAACGGGGGCCAAUGUUGGAAUAGGCAAAGAGACAGCGAAGGACCUGGCAGGCAGAGGGGUUCGGGUGAUUUUGGCAUGCAGAGACAUGGCAAAGGGGGAGCAAGCUGCUCGCGACAUCAUGGGGGAGGUAAAGGGAGCCAAAGUAGUCGCCAGGCAACUGGAUCUGGCUGACACCAAAUCUAUCUGCCAGUUUGCUGAGAAUAUCUACAACGAUGAGAAGGCUCUUCACUAUCUGAUCAACAAUGCAGGUGUGGCUAUGUGCCCUUACGCCACCACAGUGGAUGGAUAUGAGAUGCAGUUUGGAGUCAAUCACUUGGGUCAUUUCUUCUUGACCUUUCUGCUACUGGACUUGCUGAAGCACUCAGCCCCUUCCCGGGUCAUCAACUUGUCCUCGAUAGCUCACACGAUGGGAAAGAUCCAGUUUGAUGACCUGAGCGGCGAGAAAGGAUACCACCCUGUCAGGGCCUACGCUCAGAGCAAGCUGGCCAACAUCCUGUUUACCAGAGAGCUGGCCCAAAGGAUUGAGGCUCACGGCGUGAUGGCUUACUCUGUGGACCCCGGCACGGUAAACACUGAGAUCACGAGGCACCUGGGGAGCCCUCUCAUGGCCAUAUCCAAGGCAAUCGCUUUCAUGAUGAAGACCCCAGCAGAGGGAGCCUACACCUCCAUCUACUGUGCCGUCACUCCUGAGCACCAGCUGGUCACCGGAGGAUAUUACAAGGACUGUGCCAGUGCAGAGCCCUCAAGGGCGGGGCAGGACGAUGGCACUGCCUUGAAGCUGUGGGCUGUGAGCUGCCAACAGCUCAGCAUCCGCUGGAGAUAAACCUCCAUCUCAACAUGCUCUCCUUCAGGCUAUACGGCUCUAUACACGAGCACAUAGUGAUACCCCUAAAUAUCAUACCAUCAUCAGGAUGUAUUUAAUCUAUCUGUUGACAUUAUUUGAUUGGUAACACUCAAGUAAUGAAGGCUGAGAAUGCUAAGAGGUUGGAGAAAGCAAUGUUCAUAAGAAAAAAUAAUCACUGGUAUUCAAACUUGCCAAUUGUUCUGGUCUGUGUUUGGAUCAUCAUGCUCGGAUGUCGGCAUGCAGCUGAAGCUUAUUCUCAAGCGUCACUGUUGCCUCGGGAACUCCUCUUCUGCGUGAGUUAUUAAAUAUCUAACACGAUUAUGUGCGGGUCGUUUGGGGGCGGGGACUGUUUUUUUUGGGGUUGCAUGCUUUCUCGAAGCUGAGUGGUGUCACGCACAGCAGUGGUGGGGAAGAGGAGAAAGAAGAAGAAGAAG